AUGGCUACCGUUCAGUAUGCGCCGUGGUCCUCGGACAUCGAGCUGGCUUUCUACGCCGCAUUGGCCUCGCUGAAGAUCAACCACGACAAGCUCGACGACAGCGCCCGCAAGAUCUUGGGUCUGUACGAAAUCAGGCCGACCGACGCGCCGGAGCGCUCGUCGCGCAUGCAGAUCCUUGGCUCGGCUCUCACCACUGAUGAAGCCCCUGCCGGCUACUAUCGCGCCGAGGGCAUCCUUAAAAACGUCAACACCAUCGAAGCCUACAAGAACCUCGACCGCGCCCAUGCCAUCGAACGCGCCGGCCACAUCAUCUGGGACGCCAUCAACGACGGCACCAUCUACUCGUGCCCGUCUCUGCUCGCCUCCUUCUCUGCCAUCUCUUUCGCCGACUUGAAGAAGUACAAGUUCACUUACCACUUCGCCUUCCCUGCGAUCCACUCUGACCCGCCGUGGAAGUCCUCUGGCUCGGUUCCCAAGCUUAGUCCGGCUGAAACAACAGGUCUGGUGGAUGCGGUCCAAACCUGGCGAUAUGGCGUGGACUCGCGCCAGCACGGUUUCUUUCUUGCUAAGAAGCUGAAGCAUGUUCCGGGUCAGCAUGAGAAUGAUGAGGAUGGACGGCCCAAGACACCGCAGACUCCGGGAAUGAUGGAAGAGUAUGGCUACACGUGGCAUGUCGGAUCGCUUGCGGCCUAUGAGCAGGGCUUCUUCAACAACGCAGACUUGGAGGACCGCUUCGUCUGCUUUGCCGACCCUUCGACGUACGAAAACAACCCUGGAUGGAUGCUGCGCAACUUGCUCGUCCUGAUCCGUCAGCGAUGGCGACUCAACGAUGUCCAGAUCCUCUGCUACAGGGAUACCCACCGAACGCGCGACACGUCCAAGAGCAUCAUCAUCAACCUGAAAUCGCCGCAGCCAGCCGGCAUCGCGGUAGAUACUUCCCUCGAGACAUCCACUGACAGCAUUUCGUCUCGCCCAAAGACUCCGAAGAUGCCCAAGGUCACGGGAUGGGAACGCAACGAGGCAGGAAAGUUGACAAGCCGACUUGUCGACCUCUCAGCGUACAUGGACCCUACACGUCUUGCAGACCAAGCCGUGGAUCUUAACCUGAAGCUCAUCAAGUGGCGUAUAGCGCCAGGCAUUGAUUUGGAUGUUGUCAAGAAUACCAAGUGCUUGCUCCUGGGCGCCGGAACGUUAGGCUCUUACGUUUCUCGCAAUCUGAUGGGUUGGGGAGUGCGCAAGAUUACCUUCGUGGACAACGCCACCGUCAGCUUCUCGAAUCCUGUGCGGCAACCGCUCUUCGACUUCAAGGACUGUCUCGAAGGCGGCGCAAAGAAAGCCUGGCGGGCUGCGGAAACAUUGCAGGAGAUCUACCCUGGCGUCGACGCUGUCGGCCACGUCAUGUCUGUCCCGAUGGCUGGCCACCCGAUCCUGGAUGAGAAGAAGACGAAGGAAGAGUUUGAGACUCUGAAGAAGUUGAUCGAUGACCACGAUGCCAUAUUCCUUCUUCUCGAUACGCGCGAGAGUAGAUGGCUCCCAACCCUGAUGGGCAAGGCUGCUGGAAAGAUUGUGAUGAAUGCGGCACUUGGAUUCGACACGUUUGUGGUCAUGAGGCACGGAUUGAAGCCUGGCGGGCCUGGCGAGGAGGAAAUGGGGUGUUAUUUCUGCAAUGACGUGGUCGCUCCGGCCGAUUCACUCAAGGACGCCACGCUCGACCAGCAGUGUACAGUCACACGGCCCGGCAUCGCGCCGAUCGCCUCGGCGAUGCUCGUCGAGCUCCUCGUCAGCAUCCUCCAGCAUCCCCUGCGCGCCCAUGCCCCCGCACCGACCACCAACUCCUCGACCGACAACGACCCGAAGGCUGCCGCUUCGUCGUCGGCCAAGCCGGCCUUCGACCACCCCCUGGGACUCGUCCCUCACCAGAUCCGCGGCUUCCUCUCGUCCUUUAGCAACCUGGCCAUCCGUGGUCAGCCGUACGAUUGCUGCAGCGCCUGCAGCGACCGCAUCGUCGAGCGCUACCGCAACGAGGGUUGGGACUUCGUCAAGCGCGCGCUAAACGAAAAGGGCUGGGUCGAAGAGGUGAGCGGCUUGAAAGAAGUCCAGCGCAGGGCCGAAGAGAUGGCCGAGGAAGUCGAGUGGGAUGAGGAUGACGAUGAAGACAAUGGCAGCGGCGAGGGUGAGUUGCUUUGA